AUGGGCAGCAAGACUUCCAAAGAGGGGACGGCGCUCAACCCAGAGGUGGUGGACGCCUUGUAUAGGGAGGCGUACGCAGCCGGCACAAUUGAUGCUGACAUGUAUCACACGUCGCAGCGCGAAGUGAUGCGGCAGCAGGAUGCGAUGGUAGGCAUUGGUGCGUGUAUGUUUAGUGCUUGGAUGGCAUGCGUGUACGGCCGUACGACGGGCAUGCAGGCAGCAGAGGAGGCUGCGGCGCGGCGCUUCGAUGCACAGCAGCAGGUGCUUGACAAAACAAGUAAGGACCUGGCACUGAAAAUGGAGGAGAACCGCAGCCUCAUUACCAUUCGGCAAGAGCAGGAUGUCAUCAUCGCUCAGCAGCGCGACGAGCUGCAACGUGCGGCGCUGCAGCGCAGCGCUAUGCGACACUCAUUGAACGCGUUGCAGCGGCGCUGCGGAUCUGUGCGGCGGCAGAUGCGAAACCUGGAGUCCUCUCUAAGCGCGAUUCAGCGCCAGAUGUACGUUGGCAUGGCUGGCGCCGGGUUAGUCCUGCUUGCGGUUGUGUGGGUGACACGACCACUGUGCAAGGGCCGCUGGCCAUCCCUUCCUGUCACGGCUUCGGUGGCAACGGAGGAGGUUAUAGCGGCUCCAAUGCCAGUGAUCGUUGCGUAG